AUGCGGAACUGGCUGUGGCCACGACUUCUGUCCGUCUUCCUGGCUGGCCAGGGAGUAGUCUCCCAGAUUCAACUAGAUGUCAACGACCCUAAAUCCAUCGAAAAUGCGGCCGCGACGGCGGCAUUCAAUAUGAUGAGUAACUACCACGGCAACGAAUCCGGCCAGAUCCCCGGAAAACUCCCCGAUACUUGGUGGGAAGGCGGGGCGAUGUUUAUGACCUUGAUCCAGUACUGGUUCUGGACGGGCGACACGUCCUACAAUGAGGUCACCACCCAAGGCAUGCUCUGGCAGAAAGGCAACAAUGAUUACUUCCCCGCCAACGACAGCAACUUCCUCGGCAACGACGAUCAGGUCUUCUGGGGUUUGGCCGCUAUCACGGCAGCGGAGCUGAACUUCCCCGAGCAGGAUGGGGAACCCUCGUGGUUGUCGCUGGCCCAAGGGGUCUUCAACACGCAGGUGCCUCGCUGGGAUAUGACUUCCUGUGGGGGCGGAUUGCGAUGGCAGAUAUUCCCCUACCAGGCAGGGUACACCACGAAGAACGCCAUCUCUAACGGUGGUCUGUUUCAGUUGGCAGCGCGACUGGGUCGGUAUACUGGGAACCAAACAUACAUGGACUGGGCAGAGAAGAUUUGGGACUGGAGUGCCAUAACCCCGUUGUUGAGACUGGAUGAAUGGACGAUCGCAGACACGACGACCAUGGAAACCAAUUGCACAGAUCACGGCGAUCUCCAGUGGACUUACAACUAUGGAACCUAUCUAAGUGGGGCCGCGUACAUGUAUAAUUUGACCAACGGCGGAGAGAAAUGGAAGAAAGCCAUUGAUGGCUACCUUGGGACUACGCUGGACAAGUUCUUUCCCAAAGAAUUCGGAGGGAAAGUUAUGUCCGAGAUUUCCUGCGAGCCGAAUAUGAUGUGCGAUCGUAACCAGGAUUGCUUCAAGGGAUUUCUGUCGUCCUGGUUGACGUUCAUGACGACCAUCGUGCCGUACACGGCCGACCAGAUCAUCCCCAAGAUCCAAGCAUCGGCCCUGGCGGCAGCGAAACAAUGCUCCGGAGGAAACACGAAGACCCAGUGCGGACGACGCUGGCAUCAGGACAAUUGGGAUGGUUCGAAGGGGCUAGAGCAGGAUAUGAGCGCCCUCAGUGUCUUUUCCUCCACCAUGAUCGCCCAUAAGAAUCAAAGCCUGUCUCCGUUGACAUCGGAUACCGGUGGUACCAGUAAAAGUGAUCCCAGUGCAGGCUCCGGGCCCCAGAAGCAGCCAAAUACGCCGAGGCCGAUCACCGUCGGCGACCAUGUUGGUGCGUCGAUCCUGACCGUCGUUGUUGCCGGUGGCUGGAUUGCGGCCGUGUCCUGGAUGGUUUAUGUUCAGGUGCAGAAGGUUACAGCGGCGUUCGAGGAUCAGCAGAGUUUCAACUCCCUGUCUGCAGUCUGGUUUUCUCCGUGA